UCUUGUCGUUGCUGUCGCUCAACCCAGGGGCAAAGCAGCCCUGCAAGAACAGCCAUCACAACGAGCGGACGAAAGCCGCGUGCUCUGCCCUCAUCAACCAUCUCCAUCCGACGAGCCCGCUCCGGAUCCAGAGACCCCGUCUGCUCGGCUGCACCUUCAUACACCCAUCGCUGCCAACGACACGAUGAGCAACGCCGACGUCCCGGGCCAAAAGCGCCGGAGGGUCGACCAGGACCAGCCAACAGAAGCAGAUCCGCAACCGGCAGUCGGGGCGAUUGACCCCAACGCCGCGGCCGACCCGGAGCCUCAAGCGCCGACCAAUGCUCAACUCUCUAGCUCUGCUGCCGGGGCUGCUCGGAACCAUGCUCCGCUGUCGCGGCUGGAGCCGAGCAUCUUCAAUUCCAAGCCAAGCGACGACAUUCUCAAAUAUGUUUCCGAGUUCCUGGCCAAGUAUAUCAAGCGGCCUCACGUCGAGAUCGAGGCCAAGAUUGGCUUGAUGAUCGACAACCGCACCAACCAGCGGAUAUACUUGCCCGUUCGGACUGAAACAGUGCUCGCGGACGACCGCAACAUCCGUUUCGCAAGCGACAUGACAAUGGACCAGCAUGCCCACUACAAUCGUCUUUUGAACAACCUGACGCUUGAGCGUGGAUCGAUCAUCCGGUACACGCAUCUGCGGGAAGUUGACAGCUUUUAUUAUGCGCCGUCCAAGAACGUCCGGGUCACAACCAACGAGGGCAGCUCCGAGAUCAAGGCAAUAGUCAUCAAGAAGAAGGUUGCAACCAUCGACGUGUAUUGCCCUGCAUAUCCUCUGGACUAUCGCAUAUCGGUCAGCGAGGAACUGCCAGCGCCCAAGCCUCAACCCAACCAGGAGCUUGUCUUUCGGCGCAAGAAAGAUCGACUGUCGUAUGCCCAUCAGAUCGUCCAGGUGGAUCUGACGCAGGUCCGGAAGCUUUCUAGCAAUGGCAACGAAACGGAUCUCACCCACGAGCUUGAACUGGAAAUCCGAAAGCCGCAGGAUCUGCAGAAGGAGCUGCACAAGCACGAGACCCAGCAGCCCAACCUCUACCGCGAUCAUAUCGAUAUCCUGCUCAACAGCGUCCGAAUUCUGGCGAGGCGAGGCAUCGGCGCGCGGUAAUCCUGAUGGCAUCCUGUGCCAUCAAAGAGCGAGGGGGGGGG